GAUCGAUCAGCUGCUCUUAGGUAACCAGCUGUUGUUCUCGAGUGUCAACCAGCUGUCAAGAUUGCACACGAGGCAUAUAAAGGACAGGUUUGGAUGUGGGCUGCAGCUAUUGGGGGGUUGCUGGCUGUAUGGUGUGUGAGUGCAGUGUGGGGAUGGGGCAGCGAUGGAGGAAGCCUUGGGGUGGUGCUUCCCCUCUCACUAGUUGUGGGGGGCAUCUCAGCCAUGGUUCUGGGGGCUACCCUCACUAUUGCAGCGUACGUGAUGCUGUCGGCCAAACACCAAGUGACAGUCAGAGUCCCUCCAGAAAUAUCGGCUCUUCAUACACUUAUUGCCAGUGUCCGCUGUGAUGCAGAAAGCUCCUUGCCCACAAGACAUGGAGCUGUCAUUAGUCGUAAAAUUGACGGGGCCAUUAAUGAGUUAAUUGAUGGAUUCAUUGAAAAUGAUGUGACUCCAUGGUAUGCUAGCCUGGUUAAUGAUAGCACCCCAAGCAUUGAAGCUCUGAGGAGUGUUUUGUGGUAUAGUGUCGUGAACAUCAAUGAAAGGCUGGCUCAUAUGGAUCAAGUACGCUUUGUCACAGGUGGUGCAAUUAACUGUCUUACACGUCACCUUGAGAACAUUAGGAUUGCUCAGACUGCAGGGGAAGCUCGAGGAGAAAGAGGUGUGUUCCAUUUAGUUCCUCAAUUGAGUUCCCCAGAAAGAGAAAGAAAUUUUCUUCGUCUGGUGGCAGAGCUACUUAUUUCUCGAUGCCUUCCAUCAGAAUACUUGCGGUGUACACCAUUGCGUACACUUCUCAAGGAACUCCUGGCCUGUAAAGUUUUUGAACCAUUGAUUGAUCGAGUGUGUGACCCAGACUGGAUCAAUCAGAGGCUAGUUUCAUACCUGAGACAACAACAUGCAGCAGAAGAGCUUCAUCGUCGCACUUACAUGUAUGCUGCGAGUUACGAAGAUUUCAUUACACUCAUCCAUGAUUCUACUGAUAUUCAUGACCUUGAGCACCUCAGCUUUGACAACUUCUUAGAGUUGGUUUUAGCCUCUGAAAGCACGGAGGAAAUGCUCAGGAUAAGACGAAACAUAAUAAAUGAGAUAAUGCAAGCAACUGCCAUCAACAACCUGAAGAAAGCCAAGGGGGUCGAUCUGAGUCGUGAAAGUACACCACAAGGAUCUGGAAAAGGGGACUUGCUUCAGGCUAGAAAUCUUAAGCGGUACAUCAACCAGCUGACUUACGCAAAAGCCCAGUGUGAACGGCGAAUAAGUAUUCUGAACACUGGGAAAGUGGCAGUAGAAUCAGGCACGUCAGGAGGUUGUGUUAGCAGUUCGCAAGUUACACACAGUUUGUCUGAAACUUUCUCCCACUCUCUUCAGAAUCUCCCUGGAAGGAAGAUUCUUAUGUUCCAAGCACUACUUGAGUCUGCUUUUGCACGUCGCUACUUCUCAAUUUAUCUGGACGAGAUUGGACAAGGUGCACUUAUCAGUUUCUGGUCUGCAGUCCAAGAAAUUCGUCAUGCAGACAAGAAGUUGCACCACCAGUUAGGAACAGAGAUCUACUAUACUUACCUCAGCCCCCAUCCUCCACCAGUCAAGGUUGAUAAGCCAACUCUUCGUGGUGUGGAAGCCUUUCUUUUGGGCAACAGAGGACCUGAAGUUUUAUACGAAAUUGGAGAGGAGGUGGAGCGGACCUUAGAGGAACGUCACUACACUGGUUUCUUGGUAUCAUCCACAUACCAUGCAAUGCUUCAUCAAGCUGCACUCCAGGGUGUGGACUUCAUGACUGAGUGUGCUGAGGAUGGAGGCCCAGGAAAUACUGAAGGAAGCACCACAGAGUCAAUAGAGCAGGUACAGAUGCAGCUCUCUGAUCAUUCCACAUAUGCCAGGAAUAAAUUGGCACACCUUCAGGAGAGACUCACCAAUAAACUCUUAGCACUGCAAGCUUUACGACAAAGUGGGAAAGCUGAUGCAAAAGUCAUCACACACCUGGAGGGGGAUAUCAGUCAGCUGCGUAGUGAUCACAAACUGCUGGAGACCCACGUUGAGAGAACAGCACUUUGGAGUGACAAUAUUGGUCGUUGGCGUGUUCAUGUCCAGAGUGUACAGCUUGUUGAGGAGAAGGACAUCCCCCACCUGGUAUUGUUAGUUCACUUAAAUUCAGAGGAGGUGAAGACUUCAUCAUGCCAAGAUCUAUCCUCAGCAUCUGUCCUUACGUCAUCUAACUCAUCGUCCUCAUCAUCAUCAUCUACCUCAUCCUCCACUGCCAUGGAUACCUUUGAGGUCUCUAUUGGGAGUUCAGGACCUGCACAUGGUUGGGUAAUUGUGAGGAAAUUGCCACUGCUUACUGACCUUCAUAGAAAGUUAUGCCAAAUUGCCCCUUGGAUGAAAGCAGUAGAAUUACCUAAUGUACCUGGCAAGAUGCUAUUUGGGAAAGUUGCUGACAAGGCUCAUCUGGAGAAAGUACGUGUUGUGGCACAGAACUAUUUUGAUGCCGCUCUGAAUGACGAAAAACUCUCUGGCUCAGAGCUCAUAUAUGCAUACCUGUCACCUUCACCGGAGCAUCUAAAACAAGCAGAAAUACAGAAAAAAAAAUAUAAGUUUUCCUUUUCUACAUUUUUUAAAGGAAGUGACGGUAAGAGUGACAGUGAUGAAGAAGACCUAGGGCUGAUGAUGGAUGGUGGGGAUACAUCUGCUGAUGGAGGGAGUGGUGAUGGAGGGAAAGACUCGGUAGCAGAGCCGCUGUUCUCAUUCCUGGAAGAACUUUGUGAACUGAGAGGUGUGGGCAAGUGGCUCAGAAAAACACUGAUUUCCUUUGUUCAAGUUACCUAUGGAAAGACUAUAACUAAACAUGUACGGGAAACAGUAUCUAGUAUGCUGAGUGAGUCUAUGGUACUAUACUAUAUGCACACAGUGAAAGACAACCUUUGGCCUUCACAUGAUGAAAUACAAGCAACACAUCAGCCUCAGACAGAAGAUGACAAACUUAGAACAAGGUAUGAAGCUCGUGAGCAGUUUGUGAAUAACUUACCUGUUCUUCUGUGUACUUUAGUGGGUCAACAAAAUGCUCGCAGAGGAGCAACAAAACUCUUCACUACGCUGCAGCAUCAUGCUCUUAACAAAAACCUCUUUUAUACUGUCCUGGAAGCUCUCCUCAAAGAACUGUUCCCUGAACUUCAAGAACAUAUUGACAAGAAAUUAUGAGUACAGGUAUCAGUACAGGUAUAACAUUGUCGAACAUCGGAACACUCCAAUAUAUUCUCAGGGGUAAGAAAGAAAAGAGAAUUAUGGAGGCAUUAUAAUAUCACUGGUUAACAAGUUGAACCUCUUGAAGUAUAUAAGUACUGUAGUAUGAGUUGACAUUUUGUUGCUAAGAGAAGAACAGUUAUGGGUGAAAUAACUUUAUGUCUGUCGUAAGUGACCCACAUAGUGUAUAACCUUGGAAUUCUGGAACUGUUCAGAUUGAGAUCUUGCUUGAUUUGUGAAUAUGCCAGUUUUCUGAACAAGAGCACUCCACUUUGAAGCCUUGAAUCAUCUCUGUUGAAGUGUAUUGUUGAAAGUAAUGAGUCUUUGCAGUGUAUGAUGAUUUCAGAGGAUCAGUGCCAUGCCCUGAAAAGAUGAGUUUAGUACAAUUUAAUUUGAGAGCAUUUUGCUAUCAAACCUUAAGAGAUCAAACUUCUGCCUAAACUCCUUUUCAAUACAUUGGUUUUAAUAGGAUGAUAUAACCAUUGAAGGUUUUAAUCCCAUCUGCCUAUGUUCUAGAGGUCCAAUAGAUGUGGUGGGCUAACAUGUAUGUGAUAGUGAGUCCAAAUUCAAUCAUAUCAUAGGAUUUCCAAGAAUUUUUUCUCAAAUCUGCCCAGUAGUAUGUGCAUAACUGCUUUCCCUUUAUUUUUCUGUAAUGUGCUGCCAUAAUAGUGUCAUAACUCAUUUGUUUGGUCCAAGGCUCCUGACAGUGGUUUUCAACCUCUUCAUAAUAACUGUUCUGUACAUUAUUCUUUCUUUCCUGCCAUUGGUGGAUAUUUUCCCACAGUAACAUAGUAGUGGCAGUAAUUAAUACUGUUUUGGUUAUGUCAAGCGUAUUUUACAGUUGAUAUGUUAAUUCCUGAGGUUAAAGUCAGGGUGUCUACUGAGCUGGAAAACCUGGAAAAGCCAGGGAAUUUUACUAAUAUACCUGGAAUUUUGUGUGAAUUCAGUUCAACUACAAAAUAUUGUUAUUUUGACAGUAAUCUUACCAUAAACUAAUGCUGAAUUGGUUAUGUACCUUUCAUAUUUCAUGUUAGUGAUCAAAUAACCAAAUAUUACAGGUUAUACCUACUAAUUCUGCAAUGAGUAUUGUCAGAGCUGAAUUGUUCUUAUAAUUAAGUUACUUUAUUUAAGUGGAUUAUUCCACAUAUUAAUCAUGAGUCAUAUACUGUAGGUGGAUCAGGAGUGUGAUUUUUGGGUUUUUGCCAGAUUUCCUGCUUUUUUUGGAAUAUCCAAGUCGACCCACGUGAAUCGCACAAAUCCGGGGAGAAAAAUAUGGAGAGGGAGUGUCAAGGUCUUUGCCGAUGUUCAUCACUAGCCUUGAGGUGGGUCGCAAAAGGGUCUUCAAUUUCUUGAUUAAUAUCAUUUACAUCAUCUUUAAAUUUCACAGUAGUAUACUGUUUACAAAUUAUUGAAAACCUCUAAUGUUGUUAUUCUGUCAUAAUAAAUACAGUACCGAGUUAAUGUACUGUACUUGGAAUUUUUCAAAUUUACACCUGGAAAAGCCAGGGAAUUUUGUCUUGUCUGGCCAGUAGACACCUUGAAAGUGCUUGUAUUUUAAGUAUGCCAUAUACUGAACAACUUUGUUAUGACAAGAUUAACUCACUUCUCUUGUUUUGUCUUUCAUUCUUGAUAAAACAUAUAAUUAAUAUCUGUGAUUCCUGAUCUAUCUGAGCUGCAGUGCUCAGUGGUGUCCCACAAAGGGAUAUGUAAGGCCUGGUUGUGUGUUGUCCAAGUUAUACCUCUUUGUUGAUGAUAUAAAGACGGUCUGUCAUAUUCAGGCUGUUGAGGACCAUAGUCAACUUCAAAUAGAUGUUGACAACCUCCAUAUGUGGUCAGACUCAAGGCUACUCCACCUUCCCCCAAACAUUUGUAAGGUGAUUAUUCUUAGUAGACCAGUAGAAGUAAGCCAUCAUCAUGUUAAAUGAAAAGUUAUUAUUAGCUUACAUAGCUAAAAAGAAAUGAGAAGAAAAAGGAUAUGGGAGUGAUGAUUAAUAACUUAUUGUUGUUUGAAGAUCGCACAGUGACAAAGUCAAGAAGUUAAACCAAAUGAUGGGUCUGAUCCUGUGAUCAUUCACUCACUCACAUUUACAGUAAUAACUUUCUGAUGGUUAUAUAAGGCCCUAGUCCAACCUCAUUUAGGGUAUGCAAAUGCAGUUUGGCAGCCCCAAUAAAUGAAGGACACCCACACAAUCAAAUAUAUUUGGGCAUAUAUAUUUAUUUAGCUCUGAGUAUACAUAGUAACAUCUCUAUUCCACCCAUUUCAGAACUGACUGCUAUCCAGAAUAUACAUAACUAGCAUUAGUAAGUAAAGAAGCUUGUUAAUUUUGAUACAACUGACUUCUCUUAUAAGACAUUAUUCUUUGCUGUUAUAAAAUUGUAGGAUACAGAACCAAAGAAACAGUGCUCAGGAUUUAACAAACAGUAUUUAUAUGAGUCUUGAUCAUCAUUUAUAAUUAUAAGAUGCAAAAUACACUAUAGAUUCAGUGGAUAUUAAUGGUAAUUGCUCAUUAUAUGCUUAGAUUAGCAGUACAGUUGUGUUUCAAAGAGAGCAGUCACAGAUCACUCUGCCAGGAACACAGGAAAUUGCAAUAUGGUAUGUGUACCAUGUUCAAUUUGAACUGCAGUUUUGUUAAAGCUUACUUGACCUUUAAAUCCACUCCUCUCUGGUUCAGAUCACUCUCAUAUCUGGAACAAUCCACUUCUUCCAUUUUACUGUUUGCCCAUUCAAGCUUAUCAUGUGUAUCUCCCCGUCUCCCUACUUUUUUUCUUUUCUUCACUUUGCUGUUGUUCAUAUUUACUGUAAAGUUGCCCCUGGUGCAGUCCACACUCUUCCAGCUUUACUCACUAAUUUUUUUUAUUUUUUCUUUGGGCUCAUCACCCACUAGAGCAGUAGUACAGUUUCUACAACAAGCAGUUGUCUCGCCUCCCAUCUAUAUCAUCAUCAUUGUCAUCUUCAGCAUUUUAUGGUAAUUUUCCUUGCUUGUGUGGGUUAGCCAUGAUUGUCUGAUGGCAGCUCUUCAUGUUGCAUAGUGUCUUGCAGUCUCUCUUGUCAGGCUCUUAAUUCUAGUAUAAUUUCUUACAACCCAUAUCAGUAUUCACAAAACAUGUUCUGUACACUUGCUCCAAAAAGUAUCUUUACAAUUUUGUGUGAGACAAUAUGGUAUUACACAACGAACAAAGAAUUUUGAACACCCUACUGAGACACCAGGAGUCACAUUGUUCAUUUUGAAAUACAUCAAAGCCCUCCGUAAAAUGAUUUUUUGAAAACAUGUCCCUCCCUCCUCUUCUCUUGAUUUCACCUCUCAAACUACUCAUCCAUGAAAAUAUUAAACAAUCGUAGUAUCGUUAAUUCAUUACACACUCUAGUACUUUCAUUAGGAGACAGUUUUCCAGAUUUAUAAGGUACGAUUGAAUGGAAUUAAGAUUCUUUAUUGAGUAAAAGAGAAAGUCUGAAGUGUGUUAGAAGUAUGCUUUAGAAAACUUUGACAUGAUUUAUUACUGAAAUAAAUUAUCUCCUGAAAGGUAAAACUUACAGCUACAGAAAAAGAGGCCAUAAUUUGAGGAUAUCAUAUACUGUACUGUACAUAUCCAUUAGUUAAGGAACUAAAUGAAUUCCCUUAAAAAUAUUUAGAACAGUUUUAAUAAAAACAAGUGGGAGUAAACUUGAACUCUGCUGAAUCAAUGCAUCAUGUUUAGAGCUGCUGGCACAGCUAAAUUUAUUCAGAUUACUCUUAUUUAGUUCACUUAAUUAUAAAAUCAUAAGGUCUGUCACUGAAUUAGUGAGUGAUUGAAUGAGUCAGUGACAAACAGGUGUAUAGAGCUGCUGGCACAGCUACCUGUAUAAAAUAAAUUACCAUACAAAAGCAUAAAUGUAUUUUGUUGUCACUGAGCACAUUCAGUAUUGCUAUGUGUUGCUAUGAGAAAGGUACAGUGUUUGCAAGGUCUCCUAAAAGUUCAUGUCGUUGAAAUUUUGAUGGUUCUAAAUUGGAUCAAAAUUCAUGCUGUAUAAAAGUCUUCACAGUACUGUGAAUAUAAUGACUGAUUUAACUUCCUGUGAAUGCUUCUUUAAGUAGGAUUUUUCAAUGUGUUAAAGGAUGAUAAAUUCAUAUUUGGCAGCAUUGAAAACUACCACAAACAGGCAUAAAGAUUCUGAAAAGUGAUCAGUUUUACAUGGUGACUGUACACCUUAUACCAUCAUAGUUGUUGAUGGUAAGAAGGAAACAAGUGCAAUUUUCCUUUCAUCAGAUAUCAAACGAAAUUCUGAUCUGAUCAUAUAACAACGCACAUUGAAUGCCUCUGAUAAACCAAAGAAUAGACAAUAUGUACAGUGAUCCCUCGGUUAACGAGCACAAUCCGUUCCAGCAGGUUGCUCGUUAACCGAAAAUCUCGUUAACCGAAACCAUUGUUUCAAUGGGUUUUUGGGUAAUUGGUUCCAGCUCACCGA